AUGAGUGAAACAACAUCAACAAGCAAAUAUCAAAGUAUACAGGGAUCUAAACAACAGGAGAACUUAUAUAGACAGUUGGCCUUGCUGACGAGGAUACAGGAUAACAAUGUUGUCUCACACUUGGUUCAUUUGGCCAUUGACAAGAUCUGUGGCAAGACCAUUGUCGAUGCCGUCAAGUCAAUCCAACUCGAUCAACAAUUGAUCACACUGAUAAUCGAUGUACUUCAAUUGUUUGUCAGCAAAGUUGUUGGACGUGAUCUUAAGCGUGAGCACAUCAUCGAGGAUCUCAAGACUGCUCGCGUCCAAGAGGCACACGCCAACAUUGUGGCCGACUGCAUCCAAGCACGCUAUCAAGACAUCAAGCGCGAGCUCACCGAGCAGUUGACCUCAAUCUCAUCAUCAUCACUUACAGACUUUGAUUGGAAGAUGAAUCUCAUCCUAUCAAGUGACAAGAUCAACAGUGUACAAGAGAGUGUGUUGAUGCUUAACUUGUCGGUCGAUCACCACACCGACAAGAAGGAGCAGUUGCUGGUGGAGCUCACAAAGAAGGACCUCGAUCAACUGUUGAGCACAUUCGAUCAGAUCAACAGUGUAGUGCAAUCCUUGAAGGUGUAG